AAAAUCUGAUUGAUAUUAAGGAUGAGGUUAAAGAUGAUGAUGAAGAGGAGAUGGAUUUAUGGGGCGAUCAUCAGUAUGGAAUCAUAGAAAGAAAUCCCCCCAAGAGAUGUCCCCGUCCUCUGUAUUCCCAGGACUGUCCAGAGGAGAAGCUCCCAGAGAACCAUCAGAUGACAAAUCAGGGGGAAGAUCUGACUGAUAUUAAAGUGGAUGAUGAAGAAGAGCGGAUGAUGGGCGAUCCCCCGUGUAAUAGUGAGGUGGAGGAGGACAUUUCAGUCCAUGUGAACACAGAAAAUCUCAAGAAUUCUGAGGAAAAUGUCAUAUUAACAGUAGACUAUAAAGAAAAAGAUGAAGAUAUCGGGCAGCGCUCUUCAGAAGAAAACCUAAUUACCUGUAAUGUACAUCAAGGACUUAACUUUACAGACUUUUCAUAUAAUCCUCUUAAUCAUGAGGAACCUGCUCCUGGCCAAUCACAGAUUGUUACCACAAUUAUUGGGCAGGAAGGGGGUAAAAGGUUUAAUUGUGGGGAAUGUGGAAAACAGUUAAAAACCAGAACCACUCUUAAUGCCCACAGAAAAAUUCACAUUGGAGAGAAAGCAUUUUCAUGUCCAGAAUGUGGAAAACACUUAAAAAACAGAUCCACUCUUAAUGCCCACAGAAAAAUUCACAUUGGAGAGAAAGCAUUUUCAUGUCCAGAAUGUGGAAAAUGUUUUGCAAAUAAAGCACAUCUUGUUAGACAUAAGAUAAUUCACACAGGAGAGAAGCCAUUUGCAUGCUCAGUGUGUUCAAAAUGUUUUUCAAAUAAACCCGGUCUCAUUAUACAUGAGAGACGUCACACAGGAGAGAAGCCAUUUUCAUGUUCAGAAUGCGGGAAAGGUUUUAAAAGUAAAUCAGAACUUGCUGCCCAUCAGAGAAAACACACAGGAGAGAAGCUGUAUUCAUGUUCAGAAUGUGGGAAAUAUUAUAAAACAAAAGUCAUACUUAAAGAACAUAAGAAAAUUCACACUGGAGAGAACCCAAUUUCAUGUUCAAUAUGUGGGGGCCGCUUUAAAUGUAAAUCAAGUCUUACAAAACAUAUGAGAACUCACACAGAAGACAAGCAAUUUGCAUGCUCAGUGUGUUCAAAAUGUUUUUCAAGUAAACCCGGUCUCGUUCUACAUGAGAGAAGUCACACAGGAAAGAAGCCAAUUUCAUGUUCAGAAUGCGGGAAAGGUUUUAAAAGGAAAUCAGAACUUGUUGCCCAUCAGAGAAAACACACAGGAGAGAAGCCGUAUUCAUGUUCAGAAUGUGGGAAAUAUUUUAAAUCAAAAGUCAUACUUAAAGAACAUCAGAGAAUUCACACUGGAGAGAAACCAUUUUCAUGUUCAAUAUGUGGGAGCCGCUUUAGACGUAAAUCAAGUCUUACUAAACAUGUGAGAACUCACACAGGAGAGAAGAAAUUUGCAUGCUCAGUGUGUUCAAAAUGUUUUACAAAUAAACCCGGUCUCAUUAUACAUGAGAGAAGACACACAGGAGAGAAGCCAUUUUCAUGUUCAGAAUGCGCGAAAGGUUUUACAAAUAAAUCAGAUCUUGUUAAACAUCUGAGAUAUCACACAGGAGAGAAGCCAUAUCCAUGUCCAGAAUGCGGGAAAAGCUUUGUUACAAAAACCAAACUUAAAGAUCAUCAGAGACUUCACACAGGGGAGAAGCCAUAUUCAUGUUCAGUAUGUGGGAAAUGUUUUGCAGAUAAAUCAUAUGUUAGUAGACAUGAGGAAAUUCACAUAGAUAGAUCAAAUGUAAUUAUAUAUCAAGAAGGUCAAACUGUGCUACUGCAAGUGCUAUAAAGAUAUAUUGGGUUUUAUUAUACAUCAGAGAAUUUACUGGAGUGAAGCCCUUUUCAUGUCCAGAAUGUAGAAAAUGUUUUACAAGUUAGUCAAUUCUUGAUGUAUAUCAGAGAUUUCAGACAGGAGAGAAGCUAUUUACAUGUUCAGAAUGUGGAAAUAUUUUAGACAAAAGUCAAGUCUUGUUGCACAUGAGAAAAAUCACACGGGAGAUAAAUGAUUUUGAUGUUCUUUGGGUACCAUAUGUUUUACACCAUCAUAAAAUCAAAUUUUGAAACUCACAUACAGAAAAAAACACCCAAAUUCGAUUAACCUGAGGUCAACAGUGAUCAGGAUCAAUGGAGGAAAAGUAUUGUGGAUUUGAGGAAGAAAAUAAGAGCCUUGUUUACUGUAGAGCAGUGAAGAUGAAUUGUCACAAUGAACCUUGCUUCCAACUGUAUUCAUACCUCAACUCCAGGCUCGGACUCACCCACAGGGAAACAGGUGAAUACCUCGGUGGUCCACUGACAAAGAUGGGCCCUCAGUAACCCAUUACAGCCUCUCAGCCAGCCUACAUCCAUACAACUCAGUGGUUAAGGUGACUUGUCGGUACAAAAGCAAGCCAGACAACCAUAACUUUGCCUUUUCAGUGUUGAAACAUGUUUCAUUUGUGAUAUGUUUGCAACAGUCUGUUGUGCAGUUCAGCCCUUCUAGAUGUCCUUGGGGUAUGAGUACCAAGAUCUAUUGUUAUCUAUUGGACUGGCAAAGGUAAAGUCCAGUUCUGCAGUCUGUGUUGUUGCCAAUACAAGAUACUUACCAAAAGACACAGAUGUCAAUGAGGCCGUACUGUCUACUGGUCUCUUACAUGUGAGGUAUGGUUUCCUAUUCUUCCAUGAAGAAGCAUAACAUUCUUAUGAAGGGUAAGGAUUACUAGAGCGCACAAGGACUAAACAUUAAAGUAUAAAGCUUUAAUACAAAAACUGUAUAAUUGUGUUAUUAUCCACACAGCAGGGAUUUUACAUGAGCCGGUCCUGACACAAUCAUCUCCCAUCAACCUGCUCUGUACAUUAUAACAUUGUUGUGAUCAUAGAUACACUAACAGCUCAGCUUCAUAUGAUUCGGUCAUGUAACCAGUGGUACAGCCACUUCUCCAAAGUCUCCCAAGAGACAUUUUUUAAUAACUGUGCCAGGCUGCAUAUUUUUUAUGCUACUGUGAGCAGGAUGUGUGUAAACGUGCUACCAUGGCCAGCAGUGUCUCCAGACUUGUCUCCCAUCAAGCACUUCUGGGGAUAUUGGUUGGAAAUUGCAAAUGGAGCUGCCAUCAGCGGAUCUUGAUGAUUUGCGUGCCCAAGUGCAUUCAGCAUGGUAGAACUUUCCUCAGACCACCAUUAAUAACCUCUUUGAUGGCAUGCCAAGACGAGUAAGUGUGUGUAUAUCUGCACGUGGCACUUAUACCCCAUACUGGAUAAAUUGAGAUGUUUUGAAUGUGUUGCAUAUCAUUUAUAUGUAUAUCGAGCCUGUGAUUUCCAUAAUGCCAUGUCUUUUCAUUCUUGAUGUUGAAAUUUCAAUGUUGAAAAGUGUAAUACUUUAAAAACCUUUUGUGACUUUUCAAAUAAAAACAUCUUG